GAGUUGUCCUUUCAUAAUCUCGCUUGAUUCAAAACGGUAGAGACAAACAAAAGGUGGAAGAAGAAGAAGUAGAAGACAAGUGAAGAGUGAACAACAAAAAAAAAAUCGAAGGUUUAGCUUCUUUUUUUUCUUCUAUCUGAUCAUUAAUCAUCGAGAGAGAAAAAAGUAUACUUUUUUAGAUGUGAAGAAGCUCAUCAAUCGAAGAAGACAAUCAUCAAAUGCUUCACUUUGGUUCCCUUUCUUCAUCAGAAAGCUCGAGGUAGAUCAGUUCUUUGAUGGGAUGGGACACCAAAUCGCUAAGUGUUAUGAUACCAUCAACUACUAGUUACGUGCUAUCUUCAGAGCAAAUACAAUGGCUUCAAACGGAGUAGGCAGUUCGAGAUCUUCCAAAGGUGUGAAGGCCUCUUCUAGCUCAGUCGAUUGGUUGACCAGAGAUUUGGUUGAGAUGAGGAUAAGGGACAAGGUCGAGACUGAUGAUGAGAGGGAUAGUGAACCAGAUAUUAUUGAUGGCGCUGGCACUGAACCUGGCCAUGUGAUUAGAACCACAGUCCGUGGACGAAAUGGUCAAUCAAGACAGACAGUCAGUUACAUAUCAGAGCAUGUAGUUGGUACUGGUUCCUUUGGCAUGGUUUUUCAAGCCAAGUGUAGGGAAACUGGGGAGAUUGUUGCAAUCAAGAAGGUUCUACAAGACAAGCGUUACAAGAACAGGGAGCUACAGAUUAUGCAGAUGCUAGACCACCCCAAUGUCGUUGCUCUAAAGCAUAGCUUCUACACGAGAGCUGAUAAUGAAGAGGUUUAUUUGAAUCUUGUCCUUGAGUUUGUCCCUGAGACUGUCAACCGGGCUGCAAGAAGUUACACUAGGACGAACCAGCUGAUGCCUUUAAUAUACGUUAAACUCUACACCUAUCAGAUUUGCAGGGCGCUUGCUUACAUCCAUAAUUGCUUUGGUCUUUGUCACCGUGAUAUUAAGCCUCAAAACUUGCUAGUGAACCCACAUACGCAUCAGCUGAAAAUCUGUGACUUCGGGAGUGCAAAAGUGUUGGUGAAAGGAGAACCCAAUGUUUCUUACAUCUGUUCUAGAUACUAUCGUGCUCCAGAACUCAUUUUUGGCGCCAGUGAAUACACACCUGCAAUUGAUAUAUGGUCAACUGGUUGUGUGAUGGCUGAAUUGCUUCUUGGACAGCCUCUGUUCCCUGGUGAAAGCGGAGUUGAUCAGCUUGUUGAAAUCAUUAAGGUUUUAGGUACACCAACAAGGGAGGAAAUCAAGUGCAUGAAUCCAAACUAUACAGAAUUUAAAUUCCCCCAGAUAAAACCUCACCCAUGGCACAAGGUCUUCCAAAAACGUUUACCGCCAGAAGCAGUUGAUCUUCUAUGUAGGUUCUUCCAAUAUUCCCCUAAUCUGAGAUGCACAGCUUUGGAAGCGUGUAUUCAUCCGUUAUUUGAUGAGCUAAGGGACCCGAACACUCGUCUUCCCAAUGGCCGGCCACUUCCUCCGCUUUUCAACUUCAAACCUCAAGAGCUAUCUGGCAUCCCUUCUGAAAUCGUGAACAGGCUUGUACCAGAACAUGCCCGUAAGCAGAACUUCUUCAUGGCGUUGGAUGCCUAAGCGCUUAUCCUGUUUCUUUUCUUUUUCUUGCUUAUGUAUAAACUCUCUAGAUAUCGGGUAUUUGGAGCAGCCAGAAGGCAUUACACGCCCUCUUUGGCUUUUUUUUAUCAGUGAGUUGUUUGGUUAUCGGGACACGAUGAUGCAUGAAUACAAACAGUACUUGAGGUCGCUGCUGGCUUAUAAGACCACUUGUUUGUUUCACAACCAGUUCUUAUAUAUAUUAUACAUAACCCUUUCUAUUGCGAAA